UUUUCCAUUUUUUAUGUAAGCAAACAAUUUACUAACAUUACUAUAAUUCAUAGCAUCUGCCUCUGCGCAACUGCGCACUCUUAUGAGAUAUUUGAAAUAGGCUCACCAUUGGCCACUAUACGAGAUGGGUACGGCUGGAUCAUCGAUGGACACUUUAAGCUCAUUCACGUUAUAGAUCUAGAGCGUUAUGACUUGACAACGAAUCAACUGGAACAUUUACUAACCAACCUCAAUGAAACAACAACAACCACAGAAGUACUGCUGUUCCAACUAAACAGAAUUCGCACACACUUGGAUGAACUGAGAGGGCACAAACUUGCGAGAUCGAAGCGAUCCAUCGAUUGGAUAGGGUCUGCCUGGAAAUGGAUAGCUGGUUCACCAGAUGCGCUCGACUGGGAUAAGGUCCUUAACAACGAAAACUCCCUUAACCAAAAUAGUAACAGGCAAUACAAGCUAAACAGCGUUGUGACGAUCACAAAUGACGUCGUCGAUCGAAGAACCAGGGAAAGGCUCGAGCAGGAUGUCCAAAACAAGAUAGCUAUUCUGAAGGAAGACGUGAACGAGCUGAUACGCGCCUGCCAAAUGGCUAAGGCUGGCAUCGUCAAUAGCAAUCUCUUAAGCAAGGAAGAAGUUAACCAGCUUGUUGGCGAGAUUGACAUCCUUCCAUACAGUAAUGCCAUUGAAGCCAUCGAGUAUAGCAAACCUUCGAUCUACACCAACAACACGCUAUUGCUGUACGUGUUAUCUCUGCCUAAGGUCACGGAGGAAAGAUUCAACCACCUUAUCACACGAGCUAAUGUCCAGAAGGGCCAUCGGAUAGAAUUGGCGUACAAAACUAUCCUUAUAAGCAAACAGGAGACGUUUGGCAUAAGGGGAGACUGUUUGCACUUAUCCUCAGCAAUGGUAUGUGAAAAGAAAUCCUUGGACCUGCUACCGGAGGCUGGUUGUUUGGCUCGUCUCCUCAAGGGCGGAGAAACAAGUUGUCCUUACUUGACAAGCAACGCAUCUACCGUCGAAGUAAUCAAAGAUGAUACUAUUUUCCUGAACAAUUUCGUUGGCAACAUAAGUUCAGGUAAAACCACUACUAAUCUUAACGGUUCCUAUAUUCUCCGUGUAGACAACGAGACGGUAGUAAUCAACAACCAAACAUACUCAAGCAUUACCACCUCAGGAGUUCAGGUGCUCCCACCAAUCCUAACUAGCGUCACGAACCGCACAAUGGCUAUAAACCUCGAUUUGGUACAUGGAAUGGCAAUUGACAACUUGCAAAUAUUGAAGCACCUUAAAUCUGAGACGAAUUGGUUCAUAUUAUCCGAGGGAUCGGGACUACUGUUACUUAUGGUGAUAAUUUGGUUUAUCUGGAGGAAGCUCACAGCAAGGAUCCACUUACCCGAAAUAAAAAUCGAGAACCAACUUAGUCGAAGGAUCGAGAAACGUCCUUCGUCACCUAAUCUGCGGGACGCAGAUAUUUGAAGGGGGAGGAGUUAACACGCUGCGGCACCCAACAUAUUGCAUUCCCACACCUUACCGAUACACGUGCCGCUGCAUCAGCAUAAUCGCUGUUAUUCUAUAGGACAACCCAACACCUUAAGUCAAGGCCAGUUACAUAUCAGGUACCACGUACUAAUACUAACGAACUAAGAACGGAGCCAGACGCAGCGUCAGCAAAUUAUGUUUCACACGAUUGUGAAAUACUUGCACAUGCCACCAGUGCAUGCCAACCGUGGGAAGCUAGGGGCGGAGCCAGCGUACCAAGACACGGCGCACCUGAAGGCAGCAGAACGACCCAAACCUAUAAAGGCCUGCAGCGCACAUCAAGGGGCAGUUGCGUAGUGGACAUUAACGGUAGCUUGUAACAUUUACCUUUGUAGUAAAUAAACCUUGUAAAUUCUAACUUUGAUCCUUUAGUGUUUCAUUUGCAGGGCAAGUUGGCCCUUUAAUUUUUUUGAGUGUAUUGGACUGAAAGUCCUUUUCUGGCGCCCGAGCAGGGACCAGUAGUGAAGUGACAAAAUAAGUUGGAAUUAGCUAAGAGCUAGAAAAUAUAGUGAAAAGAGUCAAUAAAAUUAAAAGUGAAAAAGCUAAGAAGCUACAAAAAUAAAGUGAAGGAAAAAAGCUAGAAAUUUAAAGGUUCUUAAAAUAGAGAAGGAAAAUUUAAUAGAAAAUAUAAUACAAUUUUUAAACAAGCCAAGGGCUACAAAAGUGAAAGUGAAAAAAGUUCUAAAGAGAGAAAAAAAAUAAAUUUUCCUUUAAAUAGCCAAGGGCUACAAAAGUGAAAGUGAAAAAAGUUCUAAAGAGAAAAAAAAAAUAAAUUUUCCUUUAAAUAGCCACGGGCUACAAAAGUGAAAGUGGAAAAAAGUUCCACAAAGCGGAUGUAAAAAACAUCUAAAGAUAACAUUGGUCACAAGGCAAAUCUUAUGCUUAGAUUCUCUGGUCCCAGGGUAUGGGUGCAAAUUUUUUUGCAGCCGAUGUAGUCAGACGUUGGUUCAAUUCCAAAUAACUCGAUGGUUCGAAUGAUUGCAAUCGGUGUGGUUCAACUCCACCACGAGGUCUAUGCUUUAAUUGACGUGAAGCCACUCGUGCCAUGAGUAGGCCAUUUGCAACUAUCAACGCUUAUGGCUAAAAGGGAUCAACGCGAGCCUUCCAAUGUCAGCUGAGAGAAACGCCUACAUUCCGAUGCAAAAUUACGCAAUUAAGUUGUACAUAAACACCUAAAAGGUGCAAAGAAAAACAAAAAAAGGAAUGCUACCAAAAAAUUACUAAAUCACUAAGCAUUAAAGUAUGAGAUACCAUUGGUCAAAGGGUUAAUAAGAAGCUUAAGAUCAGUAGAAUUCGGAGGUACGAAUGCAAGCGUUAGCGCGCCUGUAGCCGUUGAAGUUAUAGUGGUUCAAUUCCAUUUUUCUCACUGGUGUGGGAUAACCGAUGCGGAGGGGUUCAAUUCCCCCAAAAUGAUCUUCUGCUUACUUGCGUGAAGUCAUCCGUGCCAUGAGUAGGUCGCUUGCAAUCAUAAACGCUUGCGACUAAAAGGGAUCAACGCGGACCUUCCAUAGUCAAGUUAAUACCCAUAUUCCAAUGCAAAAAUUUAAAACACAAUUUUUUUACAACAAAUAAAGAUGGGUCCAAAAAUAUGGAAAAGCAAACAUGCAUAAAAGGCAAAAAAUAUAAAUAAAAAAGCAAAAAGAAAAAAUUUAAAUUAAAUACUAAUAUAAAAAAAAUAUAAAAAAAAAAGAAAAAAGAAAAAAUUUAAACUAAAUUUACUAACAAAUUAACUAAUUAACAAUUUGAAAUUUUUUCAUAACCAACUAACAAUUUUAAACCUUUCGAUAACUAAAAUAACACUAAUCGAGCUUAAAGCAACUUGCAACCAAUUUAACCAACUACUUCACUACUGGGUUCCCAACUAACGAAAAUAGAAAAACCUUUUUUAACACAAUAGACUUCACCAGCUUUACUAAUUCACCCUCCACUGCGCAACUCAAAACUAAGAUAAGUCCCUAGAAUAAGGAGUAGACACUAAGUUCGCAUACUCUUAAGAAAUUUACUGUUCGAAUGAGAUAUUUGAAAUAGAAAUAGAAAUAGAAUAGCUUAGUAAAGUAGACACUAAGAUGAUAAUUUUGUUCGAAUGAAUUAUUUGAAAUUCCAUAGAAUAGCUUAGUAAAAUAGGCACUAAGAUAAUAAU